UAUGUUGUUAUGCAUCUAUUGCUAUAAAGUAUUUUAUAAAUUAUAAUAAAAUCUUUAAAUUUUAGAGUUCUAGUCUGUUCCAGCAACAAUUUUUUUUUAUAGAAAUCCUAUCCUGGACUGGAUAUAUAUAAUAUGACACUUCCAAACCUAAAUCCCAGUGAGAAAAAUAUGUAAUGCUUUGUAAACAGUUCUGGCUUAGUAUAUAUACAGUAUUAUGUUCAUAUCUUAUCAUUAUAUUAAUAUAUCAGCACUCCAAUACUUUUGGGGUAUAGUUUAUUCUGAAUUUUUAUUAUUUAUUAGCAUUUAACCUUUUUCUAUGUGUUGUUUUCUUUUGUAAUUGUUUUUAUUUUGUAAUUUAUUACUGCGUUCUUGCGCAUGCAACAUUUGUACAAAGCAAACGUUAUUUAAAUUCCUUUUAUGUUCAAUUUGUGUUUUGCCAGUAGAUCCUGAAGAUGGCCUUUGAAAGGUCAAACGUUUAUUUUUCUCAUUGGAUUUUAGAAAUGAAAUAUUGUGUAACACCAGCCAUCGUAAAUGUGAUAAGAACUGUUAUAGCUCUUUGUUUUAUUGCAAUUUUGACUACCCUUGUCCAGUUCUUUUUUGAUACCAUAGGAGUUAGAAAUAAGUGGUUGAAAACAAUAAGAAGAAAUUCUCUCUUUAAUAUUCUAACUGUGUUGUUGUGUGUCAUCAUCAUUGGUUUGUGUUUCUACAUUUCGACCUUGAUGGAACAGCAACAGAAGUCAACAAAAAUCAACCCCACUACCAAAGUCGAGAUCAAAUUUGACGUGAGUUACUUCUUAGUAUCUGGAGCGGGAGCCAUGGCAAUACUUGCAGCCGCCGCAAACCUUCUCAGGCGGUAUCCCAUUAUAGAGAGCCAAAGCACCCAAGGGCUCCUUGACGAUGCAGACAACACUGAAACAUUUUCUAUCGAAUUUCCUCACAUGUCAUCAACGUGGCCUUACAGAAUCGAGAGUUCUCAGAUGCAAAAUUUAUCUGCUCCCCCACCUUAUUCUCCUUAGAAUUAAUUUUCUUUUUGUUUAAUACAAAAGUGCUUAAAUGAAGACAGUACUAGCAUAUCAGAAAAAAUGGUUGUAUAUUUCUUAGCAUUUUAGAAUUCUAUAUUUAUUUUAAACAGUCCAAGCCAAACUCAUUAAGAUUUUGUAAUAUUUGAAAUCUCAUCUUUAUUUAAUAUAUAUAUAAUGUAUAAAUAGCUACAUACUACAAAAAUCUUCAUUAUUC